AUGGCCGACCCAGUGGCUGAAAAGUCCGCGUUUCUGUGCAUGUACAUGUCGAGCCACCCCGACACCCUCGUCGCGUACGCCAAAUGGUACGGCAAAGUCGAGGAGCCAAUAUCCGGGGCCAAGAUGACUGCUAUCGAUUCCAAGUCCAUAACCCUCCAAUGCACACCCAAAUCCAAGCCCAACGAGCAAUUCCAGGUGGUGGUACCCAUCAACCCACCACUCAAAGGAUACGACGACAUCAAACCACGCCUCCUCGAGAUGAAGGCUAUCGCGCAGGAAGGUCUAGGCAUGAUCAAGGCACCCAAGAUUCGAACAUACGAGUUCCCCAUAACGAGCGGCACCGUGUCCGCUGCCAUCUUCGUAGGCCUGAGCGCCCUCGCUUACCUCGUACCAGACGAGGCUACGUUGGAAAACUCGGGGUGGACAGAGGGCCUAAAGGCACUAGGCCCAUUCCUUCUUCCAUUCUGGAAGGCCAGGGAACUGGUUGGCGCAGAUAAGCUGGCUACCAACUUCUGGUCUAUCCUCGUGGUACACGCGUUCGAGAGCCUGUACACGAUCCACCUCUGUCGGAAACAUUCGACUGGCUUCCUCGUUGGUGCCCAAUACGCUCUCUCAACGGUAGCCUUCGGAUGGCCAAUCUGGUCCAACUUGAGAAGGCGGAUUCAGAACGAGAGGAUCGAUUCCGUGAUGAAGGUCGAGUGA